GAUUAUCGAGGAUAUGGUCGACAGUGAAGGUGCUCAGAUAGGAAGAACGGAUCACAGUGUAGAAUACGAUGCUCAGCUUGCCCCUUUUAAAAGUGAAGGUAGUAGUAGAGACAGUAUAUCAGGACACACAGGCUCAGCAGAAUACAGUGAUCCACAGUUUGAACACCUCAACACCUCUGGACUGCAGACAAGUGAAAUGAACCCAGGACCUUCGGAGAUGAUUGAGUGGCAAGACGGCAUAGUACAAUCGGACAUGACUUCUGGAGAAGGCUGCAGUGGGGUGGGCAUCCUCCAACCAUCGUCACCCAUGUUAAGCCAGCAAACGCCACAGCUUCUAGCACAACAAGGGAUGGUAGCACUUGAGGGCUCAGCAGCAGCAGCGGCGAUGGUCAGAGUCCGUGGAGGCUACACACGCUGGACGCCCGAGGAACGGCUCCUGAUUGCCAAGGCAUGCAUAAGGAUGGGGCCCAAUAAGGCUGCCAGGGAACUCUCCAGGACCCUCAACAAGAAGCUGAGCAAGUCCACUGUCCAAAAUAUCCAUAAGCAGUACCUGGAAAGGCUGGCAAAACGGCAGCUGGUCAAUGCACCAUUGAGUCUCCCUCAAGGGAGGCAAGGACAAUGAGAGGAGGAUAUCCAGCCGUCUACUGGAUGGUUUGGUUCUUGUUUGUCAUCAUUGGAGGCCAGUGCUGCGUUGUUUCUUCUGUUCUUUUGAGAAUAUAGGCAUUGUAUUUAUGGCUGAAAAGGACUGAGGAAUUCCAUUCUUUCUGGGAGUAAGAGAACAAAGUGUGGGUGAUGAGAACAUUUGGAAAUGUGUAGUGAUUGGUGAUGGAUGGAUAAUUCAGUUGCAAAUGUUGGAAGAACAACAUUGCUAAGAGAGAGGGAGAAAGACAGAGACACACAGAAAGAGAAGCAGAGAAGGAUACAGAUAGAGAAAAUCCUCCCUAUACCUUGCUCGUUUUGUUGUGGGAGAGCUUAGGAGAUGGAGACUGAGGCCCAAUGUAGGGGAUCACCCCUAUCUUGGGCCUCAGGCCUCGCCUCAACUAAUUUUGCUUGGUCUUUUCUUCUCCCCUUUCCUCUUGAGUAUCUUCUUCAUCCCCUUCUUCUAUCCCAUUCCUAAGGUGUGAGAGCUGUGCUGAAAGAAUGAAAGGCUGGCUUUGUGUCAGUCAUGAACGACUUCCGGGAGCCAUGGGCAUGGUAUUCCCCUGGUUAAGGGGACUGUCUCGAGGGUUGAAAAUUUUUGGAUCAAAUUGAAUUAGCUAACGUAUUGUAUAGGUACAUGAACGAGGAAACUACCAAAUGACUAUUAAAGCCCAGCUAUGGUUAGUUCUCAGGCGGCACACGCGAGACCUGUUAAAACACGUGGGGAGGUACGCCACUAAUGGACUUUUGCUUAUUGCAAUCAUGCAUACGGCAUUUGAUUAAGACAUUGUGCAUAGACAUGAGUUUGUUAAUGUUCAAAGAAAACUUUUAUACCAAUAUCAGAAAAAAAUUAUAUCAGUGAUUUAUGACAAAAUAUUUUGUGAAAUAUAUCUGAAAAAAA